CCUAACAUGAACCUAACUAAAAGUCAAGGUUAUGUUGCCUUGACUUAUUUAUUUUAUAGCGUUUGAGUGCUAAAAAUAUUACAAAAAUGUUUAAUAUAUCCGAAGAAAAUCUUCCAGAGUGCCUACAAGACGAAAACAGAUUGAAUGUGCUUUUUGCACCAAUUAGAAACAGAAGUGUAAAUCCAAAAGAUUGGGAUAAUAAAAUAUCUUCAUGGAAGACCAUAAUUAAAGCAUACUGUGAUUCAACUGAUGUUUAUACUUUUACACUCUCUUCUUUGAAUGCAGUUUUUGUUAGAAAUGGCAGACCACCUUCUUGCCUACCAGAGGUGUUAUCUGAGAUGGAAAGAAUUGGUGAUAUUCAGCCCUUAGAAGUGUUUUUAAAGAAGAAUGAUCAUUCAUGGACAGGUUGGGCCACAGAUCUCUUAGUAAAGCGUCCAUUCAUUUGGUCGUUUAAUAAAGUAAAAUCAUCUAUGUUUACACAAGAUAAGUCCCAGCAAUCCAUGGUUAUUCUAGAAGUAAUUAAGUCAAAAUGUGAUCAAUUGUUAAAAUCUGUACCUGACAAUUUUAAGAACAAAUUAGUUAGCUUAAAGGACAUAUUAGAAAUUUUGAACAAAUCGCCUAAAUAUCUUGAUGAUGUUAAACUCAUUCUUCAUUACAUGUCUAAUAAUAAUUUAGUAGACAUUACGCAUUUAACAAGUAAAAAUGAAAACGAGUUAGAAACGACUUUAAUCAAAUUCACCGAUGGUUCAAAAAACAAUCGUAUUAGUGAACUCGAUAUUGGAAUCUAUACUUUAGAACAAAAUGAAAAAAUAGUCCUUAAAGGUAUAGAGGAAAUGGAAGAUACCAUUGAAAAAUGCACCCAAGAAGCGAAGAUGCACUUAGCUAAAAAUCAUAGACAAAUGGCUAAAAGUUGUUUACGGAAAAAACAUGGACUAGAAAAAUCUCUAGAAAAGAAAGCCAAUGCCUUACACAAUAUCCAAACUCUACUGCAUCAGAUGCACGAAACUCAUAGCAAUGCUCAUGUUUGGGAGUCUUAUAAAAACGUACUAUCAGCCUUUAAUUAUACUUUCAAAGAAACUGGACUGUCGGAAGAUGCUAUAGAUGAUACUAUGAUCAAAUUAGGAGAGGUGUUGGAUAAAAACGAGGAUAUACAAUCUGCUCUAUCAAGACCCACUCACGAAUUUGACGAAGCAGAACUAGAAGAAGAAUUAGCAGAUUUACUAAAAGAAGAUGAAUCUGAAGGCGGUCCUCCAGAUGGUGGUGUGAACACUAGCGAUUUAGAGAAUCAAUUAGCCAAUUUAAAUAUUAGUUUACCAGAAAUUCCUGAAGAUAGUCCAAAUGUCUCAAGAGAAAUUGACUCGAGUAAUCAGCAAAUUCAAUGAAAUUAUAACGCGGAAUGAUUUACACAAAAAAGUUUAUGGUGGAAAAUGAAUCAUGGCAGCUGGAAUUUGACAUAAUAUCCUUCGACGAUUUUAGAAGUGACUGACUUUUAUCGGUACUAUAAGAGAUUUGUGCUUUUUUUAUUGAAACUUUUCUUUUAUUAAUUGCCAUUACAGUGUUGACAUAAGAGAUUCAGGCUAUUUUUUAUUUUUCAUAUUUGAGAGUAUUUUUUAAUCCUCCAUAUAUUUGAGAGUAAGCUUUUACAGAGAGAUUUGUGAUAAGACACUGUUGUCUGGGUUCAUUCGCUAUUAUAUGGAUGGAGUGGAUAUACAAAAACCCUUAAACGCACUUUUUUGAUCAUAUCUAAUCAUUCAAGUUUAACUAAAAAAAGAGAUUUAAAAAAAUAAUUUCUUUUGGAAAUGAAAUGGCAGUGAAGUUAAUUUUCCUGUUAAUAUUUUCAUAAUAGCAUUUUGUUAUGUUGCUGUGUGUUGAAAUUGUUGUUAUAUAAAAUUAUCAAAAUACAAGUAAAAAUAGUUCUCAUUCAUUUCAUAGAUUACCUGGUCGUGGUUAUCUGAUAGAACAGCAUCAGAAAUAUAUGGUUUUCGCAAAAGAAAUAUGCGUAUAAUAAUGCAACAUGCCACUAUAUGCUGCAAUAUCAUAUGCAUAAAAUACCGCAACAUACAGGGUGAUUGAUUAGUGGGGUAAAGCUAAAUAGAUCCGCUACAGUAAUAGAUAGCAAUAAAAGUUAAUAAAAAAAAUUGUAGCCAACUUUGAGCUUCACAUUUUAAAAUUAAUUAAAAUGUUACAGGGUGUUCGAUAACAUAGUGGCAGGCCAAACUUAUGUUUUUUUAAUGGAACACCCUGUAUUUUAUUUUAUAUUCGAAAUCUUCUUAACUUCUCCAUUACAAAAAUAUAAAGGUUUGUUAUGUUAUACAGGGUCUUUACAAAGUUAUAUCCAAUUUUAUAUGAAAAUCGUAACAAGUUCAACUCCCUAUAUAAAUAAAAAUGGAUGCCAUAUUUUUUUAUUUAUUGUCAAAAUUUUCAAAAAUGAUUGAUAUUGCUAAUUUUCUUUAUAUCGAAUACAGGGUGAGUCAAAACGCAAGUACAUUAUUUCUCAGUAAUUUUAAAUGGAACACCCUGUAUUUUAUAUCACUAUCGAAAAGUACCAUUACCGUACUUUAAUUGUUAUGUAACAUUCCCUGUUAUAUAUAAGGGAAAUAUCAUAAAGGACAUCGCACACAUCUUAUGGAAAAUAUAAUGUCACUCAAAUUCAAUAAAAUUUAUACCAAUAGAUUCGUUUUAAAUUAACGAUCAAAUCUUAUCAUUGCGCCAACUCUCUAUUUUCAAAAAUAAGAGCAGAAAUUGAUAUAAAUAAAUCUGAAAUCAAAUGGGUAGGUACAUAAGUUAGAGAGAGAAAAAAUAUUUUAAAAUACCCAGAUUUUCGGUACUCCAUAAAUCAGCGGAUUAGUUUCACUAAUCCGCUUAGGCCCAGCGGGAUUUAAGCUGUUAUGAAUAGCACUCAGAGCAAUAAUGAUUGUAAACUAACAUUUUAUGGACUCCAAAAAUGUGAUUUCGAUAAACUUUAAUUGCAAUUUGCGCCGUAAUUAAUCAUAAUUAAGAGUUGGCGCAAUGAUAAGAAUUGAUCGUUAUAUUAAAACGAAUCUAAUCGUAUAAAUUUUAUUGAAUUUGAGUGACAUUAUAUUUUCCAUAAGAUGUGUGCGAUGUCCUUUAUUAGUUUUCGAGAUAUUUUCAUUUUCCAGAGCAAAUUAUUAAUUAGGGGUCUAAAUAUUUCCAAAUUUUAAGUAAGCCAUGACUGAAAUGUAGGGUGGCCAUACGUCCCGGUUUGGCCGGGACAGUCCCGGUUUUGACCGCUUUUGAGGGCGUCCCGUCGGUUUCAGAAAAUUCCCUAAAAUGUCCCGGUUUCACGCAAAAAUAAAAAAAUGUAUAUUUUUACUAACAAAGAUAAUAAUUUAUUAAUAGUUUCAUCGCAAUUCAUAAAAGCUUAAAAAAAACUAGUAGUUUUAAAAAGUGCAUGAAAAUGUAUCGUGUAUGUGCUACUUAAUGCGUGUUUUGUUGCAUCGGCUGUACUUCGCGAUGAACGAGAAGCUUUUCUUGUUGACUGUACACUGUACCGUCAUGCGUCAGGUGCGCCUACCGACAUGAACAUUCGACAGAAGUGCAAAAUUCUCUACCUAAAGGUCUAGUCGCCAGUGCGUGCAUGAGUUUAGUGCCAGUUGUAUUGUGUCUCUCUUUCGGUGAAUACGGUCGCAUGGCUGCUCAGUUUUAGCGUACUUGUGAAAGUGUCAUCAUUAAUAUUAAUUGCUGUUUGUGUUGCGAAUAAUGUCACUCUCAAAAAAACAAAAACCGUUAUGUGUUUUCAAUAACUGUCUUUCCAAACUCAUUAAAAAGGUUUAUGAGCCAAAAUAUUCAUCUGGAAAGACAAAAAGUGAGGCAAUCGUAUGUAAUGUCUUGGCUCCAUUAUCCAUUAACGAAGUGGACGAAGAAUUGAGUACGUGUGGGUCUAUUUCUCUCAGCAUAGACGCAUCAAACAAAAAGGCAGAAAAAUGUUUUCCUGUACUUGUUCGUUAUUUUUUGCCGUUAUCCGGACUCCACGUUAAAAUGAUUUCAUUUUCUUCGCUUCCAAACGAACAAUCUGAUACCCAGAGCAAAAUGCUUGAGGAACUAAUAAAAAACAAAAACCUUAAGGAAAAAUUAGUAGCUAUGUGUGCUGACAACACUAAUACAAAUUUUGGUGGGGCCGCUAGAAAAGGGAAAAAUAAUUUGUGGCGACAUCUUCAACAUAGUUUAGGGAAAGAAAUAAUCGGAGAAGGAUGUGGUGCCCACAUAGUCCACAACUGCAUUCAAACAUCCGUAGAUUGUCUGCCGUUUGAUAUUGAAUGUUUCGCAGUUAAAGUAUAUAAAUACUUCCACAUUUAUACUGUCAGAACUGAAGAACUGAAAGAAUUUUGUGAUUUCGCCGGGGUGGAAUAUUCAAAGUUAUUAGAGCACGGAAACACUCGUUUUCUGUCUCUUGGCCCAGCUAUUACACGGAUUCUGAAGAUAUUUGAAGGCCUGAAGUCCUACUUUCUUUCUCAGGAUAAAUGCCCUUACUUUCUAAGCCAACUUUUUGAAAAUCCAUGUUUUAAGCCAUGGCUGAUGUUUGCGACAUCCCAGAUUUCAACUUUUGAAGACACAGUUUUGAAGAUAGAGAAAGACAAUAUCUCCGCUACUGAAGUUGCUUGGCGCAUAAACUCGCUCAAAAGUGUGUUGAAAUCUAGAGCGGAAGAGGGAUUUAUUCCUACUAAUAUAAGAACACUUAUAUUAAACUUACAGGAAGAAGGACAACUAAAUGUCCAGGACUUUUUAGAAACAGUGAAAAAGUUUUACAAAACUUGUGUUGACUAUUUAGAAAAAUGGGAACUGAGCUUCGGAGGCGUACAUAACUUGCAGUGGAUUUUGCUACAAACAGUUCCGUCAUGGAGUGAUAUCCAGACCAGCCUACCUAAUUUUAAUGUCACACAGAUCAAGAAAAUAUCUGAGGAUGAAGAAGAAGAAACCAAACUCUUUGACCAGUGGCAGUGUGUAAAGGAGAUUGUGUCUGAAAACUUAACGGAAUGAAACGGAGUGGACAAAACUAAAGUAAAAACUCCUGUUGAAGAGCGAUGGAAGCAAAUAUUCGCAAGGCUUUAUAGUAAGGAUAUUGCAUACGAUACUAUUUUGAAAGUGGUCGAAUUUGCUAUGUGUUUGCCAGGAACUAGUGCUCCCGUAGAAAGAGUAUUUUCCAUCAUGAACAACUUGUGGUCAAAUGAGAAAUCACGACUUCAUAUAACAACAAUGAGUUCAAUGUUGAUGGUUCGAGUGAACUUUAAAUACACCUGCGACCAAUUUUACGAGAUGCUCUUGAAAAACAAAGACGCAUUGAGAAAAAUAAGUAGUUCCCAAAAAUACUUUUGGUAUGAAGAAGAAUCUGAUGAACAGGCAGGACCCUCAAACUAAAAAUAAGUUUAAAGUGGAAGUGGGCCAUUUUUUGUUAGUGUAAGAAGAAACACGAAUUUGCUAUGAUUUAUGAGUUUUUAACCUUGUAGGUAAUAAAUAAGAAGAAACAUAAUGUUAGUUUUGUUUCACAAACCAACCCAUUUCCAUGGAUUAACUUCACCGGGGACCCCCCCCCCCCGGUAACUACGAUGUCCCGGUCUGAGCCAAACCAUUUAUGGCCACCCUACUGAAAUGUCUAAAACUGACAAUUUACGAUUACUUAUUAUCAAUCCGGUAAUCAAUGUAACAAUGUAGCAAAUAAAGAAAGAAAAAUAAUUUAUUAGUAAUAAAUUUUACAAAAAAAAAACACAACCACAACAUAUAUUUUUGAAACAAUUAACUACUUUUGUAUGUAAAUGUAACAAAUAAAGAACGAACCUUAAUUUAUCAGCAAAAAAUUUUACAAAAAAAACACAAAAUACAUUUUUGAAAAAAUUAAAAGCUAGUUUUAAUAAAAUAUUUUAAAUAUUUAAUUACAUAAGGUGUUCAAAAUGACCUCGGUAACACAUUUAUGCAUGUCUACAAACGGUCAUUUAAUGAGCUACUUACACUACGAAGCAUUUGUAAAUUAAUAUGUACUUCGAAAUACAUUUCGUAUUAUAUUUUUCAUCUCAUCCCUUGUUGUUGGUAGCAUUUUAUAACCUUCAUUCUUAACGUAACCCCAAAAAAACCAAUCCAGUUUAUUACAUUCUGGUGAUCUGGGUGGCCACGCUAUUGGUCCAUUGAAAAAUGAAAAUACAUAUCUCGAAAACUAAUAAAUUUAGACUUAUGGAAUGUUGUAUACAAAUUAAAGUACGUUAAUGGUACUUUUCAAUAGUGAUAUAAAAUACAGGGUGUUCCAUUUAAAAUUACUGAGAAAAUAAUGUACUAGCGAUUUGACUCACCCUUAUUCGAUAUAAAGAAAAUUAGCAAUAUCAAUCAUUAAAAAUGUUGACAAUAAAUAAAAAAAUUGGCAUCAAUAAACCAUUGUCGUUGUGUUUAUUUUUAUUUAUACAGGGCGUUGAACUUACGAUUUUCAUAGAAAAUUGGUUAUAACUUUGUACGUACCCUGUAUAACAUAACAAACCUUUAUAUUUUUGUGAUGGGACAGUUAAGGAGAAAAUAAAAACGGGGUGUUCCAUUUAAAAAACAAGUUUAGUCUGCCACUAGGUUAUCGAACACAAUGUAACAUUCUAACUAAUUUUGUAAUAUGAAUCUCAGAGUUGUCUAACAUUUUUGUUAUUAACUUUUAUUGCUAUCUAUUACUAUAGCGGAUCUAUUGAGCUUUACCCCACUAAUCAAUCGCCCUGUAUAUGAUGAUGUUUUACAGCAAGCUCCAGUAUACAGUGAUGAGCACGCUAAUAACCGCCAAAAUAACGCAAAAGAUGGAAAACAUAAUAAAUUGUGAAAUAAAAUGAAAUGGAACUAGUAGAGGUAGAAAUUAUCGAUAUAAACGUAUAAAUUAACAUUACAUUACAUACUUUACCACCUUUAGAAUCUAUGAUAGGAGUAUUUUAUAAAAUUCUCCUGUCACAGUGACAGUUGUCAUACCCACCGAUAUGUCUAAAGGUGGGAAACUAUGUAAUGUUAUGUUAAUAUACAGUGAUGAGCGCGCUAAUAACCGGAAAAAUAACGCAAAAGAUGGAAAACAUAUUAAAGUGUGAGAUAAAAAGAAAUGAAACUAGUGGAGGUGGGAGAUUUAGCGAUAAAAACCUAUACACUUGCAUUCUAUUUAUUGUUUCCCACCUUUAGACGCAUCAGAGGAGUAUGUCAACUAAAACUGUCACUGUAACAGUUGCCAAACUCGACCGAUACGUCUAAAGGUGGGAAACAAUAAGUAGAAUGUGAAUGUAUGUUUUUAUCGCUAAAUCUCCCACCUCCACUAGUUUCAUUUAUUUUUAUUUCACAACUUAAUGUGUUUUCCAUCUUUUGCGUUAUUAUGCCGGUUAUUAGUGCACGCACCACUCUAUACGUUUAUAUCGAUAAUUUGCCCAUCUACUAGUUUUAUCUCUUUUUACUUUACAAUGUAUUUAUUAUGUUUUUCAUCUUUUGCGUUAUUUUGCCAGUUAUUAGCGCGCACAUCACUGUAUUAAAAUACAUAAAAUGAAAUUAUAGUUAAAUAAUACUGUCUCGACAUCACCAGAGACUUACUGCACAGGCACGUUGUUAUCUAUUUUUAUAUUCUACACCAAUAACGAAAUUUUUAUUUUAUUUCAAUUUUUCGAUUCUCCAGUACUUCAUCGUACAUCAUAUAGGUACUCUUAUUAGUCUGGACUGAUUAUCGGAGAAUAGGCCAUUUUUGGGAAAAGUUAUUUACCAGCAAUUUUAUUGCUGGAAUCGAAGCUUAUGAUUAUAUAUAUUAAUAAUAUAGGUAUGCAAAGUCCGCAGAUAGUGUGCUACUUUUUUUAUUAACAAAAUGGCGCCUACAAAACGUGUUUUUUUUUUUAAUUUUUGCUCCAUAACUCCGAACAUUUUAACUUUACACCAAAAACACUCCAAUAAAAAUUCACCGAAAUUAAAUUCUGCAUAAAGAAAUGUUUUUCCCGAUCUGCUCCGACGAAAAUUUUCCUCGGAAAAUGCUGGUUUUCCCAACAAAAUCUUUAAAUUUCAAAUAAAGUUUUAGACAAGUAAUUAUUUACCAAUAAUUAAAUAACUCGGUGACAUAAAAGCUUUCUUGGUUUAGAUUAUAAUUCCAGAAGCCGGUGAAAAUUAAACGAAUAUUUUAGCAACAAUUCAAUUGUUAAUUAAUAAUUUACGGUCGCAAUAAUAACCAAAAUAAUUAUGAUACACUGAUCAAACUUUGAAAUCUUAUAAAGAUGAGAUGCCUAUUUAAUAUUUUGUCGACAAAAGAUAAAUUUUUAAUUUUUUUAAAUAAUCUUUAGAUGUUAAAAAAAUAGUUAUAAACAAAUUAAAGCGUCUCAGAAAGUUUUUAUUAUAUUCUAAUUCUAAUAGGUAAAAUGCGUAUUUCAAAAAUCUUGAAAAUGAAUGAUUUAAAACUUUUUUGCAACCAUUUGCAAAAAAGUUAUGAAACAGCAAAGUAAACAUACGAUUACUACGUUGUUUAUAAUUUUUUUAAUUCUUUCAAAGCGUAAAAGUGAUUUUAAAGUACAAGCUAAUUACUUACAAAAAAUAUCGAUUAUUAGUUUAAUGGUUAUAUUUUAAUUAAAGAUUAUAAAUAUUUUUUUUGUAAUUUACACGCGCGAAAGUAGACUAAUAGAGUACCGUAGCUAAAUUUUCACUCGAAGCGACGACCGCCGCGCGACGUAGAUAAUCGUAUGUUUACUUUGCCGUUUCAUAACUUUUUGCAAAUGGUUGGAAAAAAAAUUUAAAGCAUUCGUUUUCAAGACCUUUAAAAUACGCAUUUUAAGUAUUUUUUAAAAAUAUAAUAUAAUAAAACAAUUUCUGAGAAAUGUUAAUUUGUUUAUAACUAUUUUUUUAAACAUUUAAAGAUUAUGCAAAAAAAUGAAAAAUUUAUAUUUUGUCGAGAAAAUAUUAAAUAGGCAUCACAUCUUUAUAAUAUUUCCAAGUUUGAUCAAUGUCUCAUGAUUAUUUUGGUUGUUAUUGCGACUGUAAAUUGUUAAUUAACAAUUGAAUUGUUGCUAAAAUAUUCGUUUAAUUUUCACCGGCUUCUGCAGUUAUAAUCUAUACCAAGAAAGCUUUUAUUUCACCAAGUUAUUUAAUUAUUAAUAAAUAAUUACUUGCCCAAAAAAAUUAUUUGAAAAUUCGAGAUUUUGUUGGAAAAACCCACAUUUUCCGAGGAAAAUUGUCGUCGGAGCUAAUCGGGAAAAACAUACCUCUAUGUAGAAUUAAAUUGGGGUGAAUUUUUAUUUGAGUGUUUUUGGCGUAAAGUUAAAAUCUUCGGAGUUAUAGACCAAUAAUUGAAAAAAACACGAUUUGGGGGCUCAAUUUUGUUAAUAAAAAAAGUAGCACACUAUCUGCGGACUUUGCAUACCUAUAUUAUUAAUAUAUAGGAUCAUAAUAUUCGAUUCCAGCAAUAAAAUUGCCGGUAAAUAACCUUUCUUUGUACUUUACUAAUUAGACCAGCGUAUUAUAACUCUUUUUUCAAAAUUUAAAGAUAUGCAAAAAAACGAAAAAUUUAUAUUUUGUCGAUAAAAUAUUAAAUAAGCAUCUCAUCUUUAUAAGUUUGAUCAAUGUAUUCUUUUUCUCAUGAUCUUUCAGUGCGUCACAGUUUUUCGAUUUCUUUCUAACGCAUUAAAUUGUAUGCGACAGAAAAAAAGGCACGUCGGUGAUUACUUUGGUAAUUAUUCUAGUUCGGUGAUUAUUCUAGUUGUCGAUAGAGGGCGCCAUAAUAAAAAAAUAAUUUUUUUUAAUAAUAUUACAAAUAUAAUCUGUAUAAUUUAUAAGACUAUACAAAUCAAAGAAAAUACCAUUUUAUAAAUGCAAGAAACACAUUUGAUUCGUUUUUAUUCCAAAUUGAAAAUAAAAUGUGACAACUGUCAGAUUUAACUAAAAUGUCAUGUUAGAAUAAAUGUCAUAAAUGUGUAUUAUCACGGACUUGCCCUUUUUCCUAUCAUUUGUUACGCACUGAAAAAUGCUCAUGAAAAGGACAAUAUCAUGAUUAUUUUGGUUAUUAUUGCGAUCGUAAAUUGUUAAUUAACAAUUGAAUUGUUGCUAAAAUAUUCGUUUAAUUUUCACCGGCUUCUGGAAUUACAAUCUAUACCAAGAAAGCUUUAAUGUCACUAAGUUAUUUAAUUAUUGAUUAAUAAUUACUUACCUAAAACUUUUUUUGAAAAUUAGAGAUUUUGUUGGGAAAAUGCGCAUUUUCCGAGGAAAAUUUUCGUCGGAGCAAAUCGGGAAAAACAUAUCUCUAUGCUGAAUUUAAUUGCGGUGAAUUUUUAUUUGGGUGUUUUUGAUGUAAAGUUAAAAUCUUCGGAGUUAUAGAGCAAUAAUUGAAAAAAAAAUACGAUUUGUCGGCGCCAUUUUGUUUAUAAAAAAAGUAGCACACUAUCUGCAGACUUUGCAUACCUACAUUAUUAAUAUAUACAAUCAUAAGCUUCGAUUCCAGCAAUAAAAUUGCUGGUAAAUAUCUUUCCAUGAAUUUUGCUAAUUAGCCCAGAGUAUAUUUCAUAACGAUAAACUCAUUGUGGUUAAUUAAAUUAUUUUUACCUGUGCCUUAAAAGAUUUGUUUUUUAUUGAAUUUUCAGCCAUGUAUGUGUAGGCUUGACAGAGUUCUUUCAGUUUUUUCUGCCCCUAGUCAUUCGCCAUAUUUGGUAGAGUCUUCCCCGCAUUUUGCGUCAAUUCUUCCGCCUCUUUCAAUGUUGCCUUUGUGGUAUAGUUAUUCAUGUUUUCUGAUUUCUCUGUUCGUCUUUGUUGGAGUUUCAGGCAUUAUUUGUUUCAGUCGUAUUUGUUUUCAGUUCGUCUUUGGAGUUUCAGGCAGUAUUUGUUGUAAUUAUUAAAACUAAAUUAUUUCCUCUAUUAUUAUUUCUAUAUAUAUUUUUUUGAUCAUUAAUAAUUGUUAUUAUACUUUUGAAAUAAAUUUUUUUAAUUUUAAA